UCCCCCCCGCACUAAAAGGUCUCCUCCCCACUCCCCAUUCCAAGCUACUCGUCGUCUUCUCCACGCGGUAUAUCGAUAUACCGCUACAGCUACUAUUUGCCUGCCGAUACCCAAACUGCCCGGGCUUUUGUGUCGUGUUCUAUAUCUCCUGUAGCAAUGGCUUCGUUGGCUCCUUCUCCUCUCUCUGGUCACUACGGAUCUUCCCCUCUUAACCCCACUGCUCGCGCUGGUGGUCACCACGGAGGUGCUCCCAUCCGUCGUAACAUGUUUCCUACCUCUCGCCCUCUCCGUCCGUUUGCCCCGGCUAUUUCUACGACCCCGUCCGUGCCGGGGAAGAAGGGGAUCAAGCUUAUAGUGCCCAAGAGCGACAACUCGCACAUGUUUGUGCUUGACUUGACCCCUGAUGAGCUGGCGAGAAGUACGUGAGGAUCCGGUUGGGGUUAUCGAAAUGAGUGGAUUGGGGUCGUGAGGGCUCUGUUGCUCUGGUCCCUGUGUCCUUCUGUGAACGUUCUGUUCUCCUUGUGCUUCCUCUCUGUUGUACGGAGUGUGGGCGGACGUUGCGUGGAGAUUGUCGGGGAGAUCGCGAGCGAGACCAUGUAUACUAUCGCCAUGUUGUUUAAUUGCAACCAUUACGUUUACGGUAUUUGCCAGGGGUGUUGUUUUGAA